AUGAAAAAGUAUAUAAAUGUCUUGCGGAUAGGAAUGAAAAAUUUCAUUCCGGAAAUGCAAUUUUUAUACGUGUUUUUUUGUACCAUUUUAGCUGCUUUUGUCAUUGCUGACAGUGUUAAUAAUGCCACUGUCAAUGUUGACGUGCUAAAUGUUACUUUUCAGCAUUCUGGGGGAAAUUCGUCUGAAGUUGGUAAUGGUUCUUCAGGUUCCAAAAAUUCAACUAGCGAAGAUUCGUCAUCGAAUAUGCUUAAACUUGGAGCACUUACUUUCCUUAUUGGAGGUUUAACUGGUUUGGCUAUGAUAUAA